AUGCCCGGACGAUUAAGUCGAAUUUCAUUCCAGUCUAACCAACGUAAUUUAGUUCAAGUGUAUACAAAUUUACCGCCUGGAAUCAAUUCAAAAGUAACAGCUUAUCUUAUUCUUAUUGUUCGUUUAUUUCGUCCAACUUCAUCACACAUUGGAUCACGUCGUUCAGAGGUUGGAAAUACUUCUUUAAAUGAUAUUUAUGUACAAGUUCGAUGGUGGGGUGAACCAACAGGAGGACAAUAUGCUAUAUUUUAUCCUCGAUUAGCACAUAAAGUUGGACAUAAACAGACAACUUGCACUAAAGCUCGUUAUAAAGUUACUGUACCUUUGGAUCGAUUUAGUGCAUAUCUUAAAGACAUGCGUGAACUACGCCUAGAUGUGAUUGAUAGUUGUCAUCAACGUAUUAUUGGACGUGGACGCUUAGAUAGAAUUGAUCGGUUAACAUCAACUACACCAAUUGAUGCUAUUUUACCUGUUAUCAAUGAAGUUGGCGAAAAAUUGGGUGACUUGAAUUUGUCGAUUAUGAUUGAACCUGUUCUUAGUUCAAAUCCUAAGCCUAUAAUAACACGUUUUAAUUGGAAAACACCAGAAGAGAAUAAUACUUCUCACGAUGUUCAUAAUGAUGAAAGCGCAACUGAUGAAAAAUUGAAAGAUCCCAACAGACCACAAAAAGAAUUAUCGUUUGAUAGCAGCAAUCAAACUGAACAGGAAAGUUCAGUUCAACCUCAACAAGAUGAUAAUAAUGUGGAACAUGCUGUCGAUUUAGACAUUGGAUCACUCGAUCAAAAUCAUUUUUCGCAUAAAAUGAAUAUACUUGAAAAUUUAAACAAUUACAGACAGUAUCCAACGCGAAAUCAUUGUACACGGUUGAAUAUUAACAAUGAUAAUUUACUGAAUAAAAGAAAUACUGUUAAUUUUGAAGAUGAUGAAUUAAUCUCUGUUGCACUUGAAAAAAGUAAGCAUUUACGUGAAGCACUGAGUUGUUCAUCAUUAUAUACUCGUCCUGAUGAUGAUGAUGAUAAUGGCGUGAAUAUGCCAAAAGGAUCACAAUCAGUUUUUGAUAAUAAUCGACGCUCUUUAAAAUCUUCACUAUCGAAUAGAUUAAUUCAUCAUUCAAGUCCAGAUUUGCGAAGUGUUUUAUUUGAAGAAAAUAAUUGUAUAGAAGACGUGAAUUCUGAUAAUGAAUCUAAUCAUCAUCAUGGAUAUUGUCAUUAUAAGUUGUCAAAAAGAAAUUCAAAAUCAAAUAAGUUAAAUUUAUUAAAAUAUUUAGUUGAUAAUGAAACAUUAAAUGAUCCUUUUAUUAAUAACAUUCAUCAUCAUCAUCAUCAUCGUUAUCAUCAUCAACAGCAGCAGCAUACCGAUAAUGGUUAUGAUAAAGGUGAAGACUAUAGAUCUUGUAAUAUACAAGAGAAUUGUUCAGUAUCGAAGAAAAUACAGACACCAUGUUUAAAUUCAGAAUAUAUAAAAGAAGAUGAUGAAUUAAUUGAAAAUUUACUGUAUAAUAAAGAAGAUUCAAUUAAUGAAAAUGAACAAUUGAAUGCCAAAAAAUUUUCAGUUAUCAAUAAUUCACAAUUAUCAAAGCGAAACUUUUCAACUGAAGAAACUAUGAGACAAAAGUGUCAUUCUAAUUCACCUAGAUCUGGUUGUACUUUAAUGGCAGUUAAGUUACACUUUAAAUGUUUACGUUUAUUUAAAACAUUUGCAAAGGAUUUACUAUCCAACAUAAAAUCAUCAUCUAAAAUGAUCAAUUCGUCUAAACUUCCACACUAUGGUGGUGAUGGUAGCGGCGGUGGUGGUGGUGGUGGUGGUAGUAGACUAUCUAGAUAUCAGAUGAAACAGUCACAUAAAUUACAACGUCCAACAUCGAUAUCACCAACACUACCGUUUAUUAAAACAAAAUCCAGUGAAAUAAAGACAUCAGCAGACAGCAUACAUAUGGAGUUGGAAAUAUCUGUCCCAAUAUCAUUUGAAACUAAGACGUCUCAAGUACAGUCAUCAUGCUUUGCUGCUACAGAUGGUGGUAGUAGCAGUUGUAGUGGUAGUGGUGGUGGUGGUAAAUGGACCACAACUAGCUUCACAUUAAACUCUGAAGUAAUUAAUCAAUUUGAAAUAAAGUCAAACAAACAAACUGAUGAUUACAUCAAUUUCUAUUGUUCAACAUAUCAGAAGAAUGAUCAAAUUAACUACACUAAUAAAAAUAAUCAUAAUAAUUCUUAUAUCUUUGUCAAUUUGAAUAACACCAAUUGUAAUGAUACUACCGAUAAUACAGAUCAUCAUAUUCGUAUACGAUUAUUUUGUUUAAAUAAUCCAAUCGAGGAGAAUGAUGAUGUCACUCAGUGGGAAUCAGAGCUCAUUGGUGUAAAUUUUGUCAAUCCAGAUGAAAUUCGAUCAAUUAUUCUAUCGAAAAGUCAUUUAAAUUCAGCUAAUCCAACUACUGGUUUAUUUAUUCAUCUAUGCUCUGGACAAAAAUCUAAAACAGGUACUCCGAAUGUGAUUGGUCGAUUGGAAUUUCAAUUGGAACCAAUCUGGGGUAUUAUAAGUAUGAAUAAGACAAAUAGUGAUCAGAAAAACAUUGAGAGAACACAUAAAGUUACUACAAAUGAUAAUCUUCAUUCAAUUAAAAACUCAACAGGUAGUAAACAAGAUUUCGUGAUGAAUAUGUUUUCAACGUCUAUAUUGAAUACUGAUCACACUGUAUUGGAUACAAUAUUAUGCAUAUCAGAAGGAAAACAAUUAAAAAUACCAAAUAAUUAUCAUAGCAAAAAAUUGUUAACAUCAAAAUGCAUUGCUAAAUUACAAGAUGAUUCAAAUGUUGUAGUUGAACAUUCUUAUUUAGUUGUACGUUUACCCUGGUGUCAUUCAGGCAUUGAACAGUCACCAAUAGAUAAUAAGAUUCAAUCACGCUUAGAUCAGUUUCAUUCAAAUGUUACCUGGUUAAGUGGAUCAUGCCCACAAUAUGCAUUUAAUAUUCGGUCUCAAUGUUCAUUGAAUAAGGAAUCAUUCCUUCGACUGAUCAAGUCAUCUAUUGUUUUAGAAGUUUGGUCUAAAUCGAUGAGUGGUUCACCUGAUCACUUAAUUGGCCUUGUGAAAAUACCUACAGACAUUAUUGUAAAGUUGUAUGCUCAUUUCGAUUUGAAUUGUUCACAAGUAUAUUGGCAUUCAAAUAGUGUUAUACAAAGUCUACUGAAGGCAAAUCAUCCAAUGAUUCCUAUCGAUUCAUGGUUAUCUAUUAUCGAUCCAUUUUCUGGUUUUGAAUGUGGUCAACUUCAUGUUCUCUUAGCCGCUGGUACUCAUGAACAAAUCAAUAUUUUUCUAUCAUCGAGAAACUUGAAAUGUAGUAUUGACAAUACUUAUACAACAUUGAAUCAACAUACAGAAAAAAUGUCUAAUUUAAUUAAAGAUAUAGAUUAUCAUUCAUCUGUUGAUUUUACAGUGGAACAUAGAAUUGGUAUAACUAUUGAACAAUUAAGAGAAUUCGAUCCUCACAUUCCACUUCAACACGAUCCAAACUAUGAUGGAGCUGUUCCAUGGGGUGAUUUAGAUUGUUUUGUUCAAUAUUUCUUUCCCGUUGAUACAGAAGCUAAAUGUUUAGUAAGUUAUCGUACAUCUGUUCAAAUGCUCAAUAAACCAAGUAAUAAUAAUAAUCAAGGUGAAAAGCAAUAUACCUCUUGUGAGUUUAUUUCUAAUUAUUCGUCAAAUGAAUGUGGACAAUUAUCCCCUAGAUUAAUGAAAUCAUCAUCAUAUUGGAAUCAUAUACAUAAAUUGUGCAUGAAUACAAGAAUAACUCCGAGUGGAAAAUGGAAUGAAGAUCAUAUGGAAGAUUUGAUGAAGAAAAAAAUUGAAACAGAUUUUAUUCAAUGGAUUUUGGACAUGUUAACUCGUGCAGAUUUUAAAAGUAAUAAAUUAAAUUUGAAACGUGGCUUAUUGAUAGAAAUUUGGUUACGCAUUUAUUCACCAAAUCUACAUGAUUGUUUAGCAGCUAGAGGAUAUAUUUCAGAAGAAUUGUUGUAUAGUUUAGUUAACCAGGACAGAUCAAUGAAUUCAAGAGAAAAUGCUAAUAAUGAUGAGCAUAAACAUCAAUCCAUACGGUUUUCAAUUGAUCUCUAUGAUGUGAAUAGUAAUGUUGGAUGUUUAAAUGGAAAGUUACAAAUUAGUUUGGAUUACUGUUAUAACAUUAUCAACCAAUCUGUAGAGUUUGACAAAACCAAGAGAAAAUUACAUAGUACUAAUAAACAAAUUGAGCUCUUAUCAACUCCUUCAAAGCACCUGUCGAAUACAGUUUUAAUUCUUCCUAGUAAAACACAGUUUAAUCAUCGUAUUCAAAUCUACUUAGAUGGAAUAAGCGGACUGAAGUCAUCCAUGGUCGUCAAGAAUCAUUUCAAUUCUUGUAAGAAUUUUUCGUUUCAUAUACGUGUACACUGCUUAUUGAUUAUACCUUCUUCAUCAUAUACAGUGAAUAAUUCUUACUCAGGUGAUCCAUGUUAUCAUCUUCAUGCCAUUAAAUCUGUUAUCAGUUCACCUGUAUAUAAUUCAUUUCAUGCAAUGGAAUUAAAUUGUAAAUUAGAUGUUCAACUGCCUUCAUCUUGGUUAAUUGCCUAUCAACAUUAUCAUCAUAAUCAAUCUAUUACUGUAAAUAACACUUCAAAUAAUUUUGAGCUCAGUUUAAUAGAGGCAAUUUUAAAUGGAGAUGAAUUACAAAUGGAACAGUAUUCAAGUCCAAUUACAAAACCAUGUAUUAUGAUUCAGGUGGAUGUAUGGUCACAGAAAUAUACAACAGAAUCCUUUCAUGAAUGUAGUCAAAGUCAGGUCAAUUUUUGGGGAUUAUAUUACAGUGAUUUUGAAAAGUAUGAUGAAAGCACUUCUUCAGCGCUUAAUCCUGGUAAAGAAUAUCAACUUAUCAACAGCAGUCGUAUACCUUUAUCUGGAGUCCUUUUUUCAUCACGUGGUGUUAUUACCCCACGCUGGUAUCCAUUGUGUUCAUUUCUAAAUAGAAGUGGUGAUAGUUAUUCAACACUUCCUUGGGAAAGUAAAUUCAGUGGAGCAGUUCAAUUGAGCAUGAAUUUGAUGGAUCCAAAGAUGAUCAAAUUAAUUCCAUAUAAUACAUCUGUAACAACAAGUAUGGCUAAUAAUAUACACAAUUCAUCUGCAAUUCGUUGUCUACGUGAAUGGAAUAUUUCAUUCAGUGUUGAAAAGUUAGAAAAUGGUCAAGCAUCUGUUAUAGCAUUUAAGAAUGAAUUAGACUAUUGGAGGGAUAGUUCCGAUGAAAAUGGUUAUCAGUACAAACAUUUUACUAUCUACCUUAACUUUGCACAUCUUCCAAAAAUAAAAGAAUUAAUCAAAGAUACUACUGAAUUGGAUGGUGUAUUUCAUCAAAGUUAUACUGUAGAUGAUCAUUUCAAGCUUUAUCUACCAAAUAGUGAUCAGUCAGAUAACAAUAGAUCUACUAUUGUUGAGUUUAAAGAAUACAAGGAAUUCAUUAUUCCAAUCAGUUCAGAAUUACAUCAUUUCUUAUCAGAAACUGCUUUAGAAUUUCAAGUAUGGAUUAUUUGGACAGAUGAUAAAUUGAAGGGACUUGAAGACAAUAGAAGUGGAAUUAGAGCUGAAAAUUUCAUUAAUGAUGGAUUUACCACAAGAGAAUAUUCUACAGUACAUCAAGUUCCUGCACCUCGUCAUCUUGGAACUGCAGUUAUUCCAUUGUAUCAUUUACUAUAUCCAAGACCAAAGUUUACUAGCGAUACUAUUGAUAUACAGUCAAACAUUAAUUCUACUAUGGUAGAAGGUGAUGCUUCUGGAAUACGUUGGUGGAAUAAUAAUAUAAAUAUGAAUCAUUCACAAUACAUAAAUCAACAAAUAAAUUCAAAUAGUUUACCAGUGUAUCCUUUAUACCGUUCAAACUCUUCACAUUUUUAUGAUAGUUGGAUAUCUGUUCAAAUUGAAAUGACAGGAUCAAGAACUGAAAAUUGUUUAAUGUCAAAACGAUAUCACAUGUGCAAGAUGAAUAAAUUAAUUAUUCCUGAAAUAAAUGGUCAACUGGGAUGGAAUCUAAGAAGCUGUAGGAUACUUCCAGUCACAAAUGAUACUAUAUUAUCAGGAAAUAUUGAUAAAAAGUAUGAAUUACAUAAUGAUGCAUAUACUUCUGGUUUAUCUACUGAUAAGUUGAAUACAAAUAAAACAUUUCCAGCUGAAAUUAUCAUUGAAAAGGCAUAUCAUCUCCGUCUACCUCAUCAUAGUAACCUUAUGAAUUCAACGGAAUCAAGUGAAAAGAGUGAACCAUAUUUUAAAACUGAUGACUCUCUUAAUGAUAAGAAAUCCAGUUAUUCUGUAUUUGUCACAUUCCCCGUGGAUGGUAGUAAUUGUAAUCGUAGUUUGAUUAAUAAGCCAACUACCACCACCACUACUACUACUACUACUAAUAUUAUUGGCUUUGAUGCAGAGUCUAUGUGGAAACAAAUAUCUAAGUGUAGUAUGAAUUCGAAUACAUGUCGUAUUGCUGUAACACCAAAAGUGAAAAAUCUUGAAUAUGCUAAUUGGAAUUAUUGUAGAUUUGUUCAUAUAUCAAUGGAUUUAAUAAAAUCUUCAUGUACUCAAGGUUUAAUGUUCCAUGUAUGGACUGUAAAAGAUGACCUGGAUAACGAGGAUAGUCAUAUACCUCGACUAAUCGGUGUUGCUACAGUCGAUUUGACUACUCUAUCACAUUUAUUUACAAAUCCACUUCGAGUUAACUCGAUUAACUCAAAUAAUGAGUUUAAUCAAAUCUAUGGUUGGUACCAUAUUUUAGAUUGUAAUACUGGCUGCCCGUCUGGUCAAAUUUUAAUUGGAGUCAAACCGUUACUUAGCACUGGAGAGGCCGAAUUCAGUAGUAGUAUAUCACACGAUUCUCACAAUUUCAAGACUAAACUGUAUGAAAAUUACUCUGUUUUCCAAAACGAUUUCAGUUCAAUACCAUUGUACUCAGAUUUCUCUAAAUCAACGCAUUCCCUCCCUGAUUGUCAUAUAAUAAAUCAUGAUAAAUUGUCUAUAAAUAAUGAAGAAGCCUGUCAAUCUGAUUUAAAUCGUUCUGUGUUGUUCGAGAAUCUAAGGACUCGACUGAAUGAAUUAGAUGAAAUGAAUAAUCGAUUCAAGAAUCGUUUAAAUAAUUUAACAAAUUCUAAUGAAAAAUUUUUUAAUAGCAGUGAAAAUUUACACAAUAAAUUGUUAUUUCAACAUCAAAGUGAAAUAAAUAAAUCUCAAGGAAUAGAAAUUCAAGAAAAAAAUCAAAUGAACUCUGAAAAUAAGUCAUCAUUUUUUCGUUUGAUAUCAGAUAAAGAAAGUAACGAGGUAACUAUUGAUGGAUUAUCUUGUGAUUGUAAUUAUCUCAAUUUGCAUCUUCAUAAUAAUGAAAUACAAGAAAAGAAAAUUAUUACAAACACUGAAAAUGAUUAUCUAAUCAAAAAACUGAAAAAUCAAUCGAAUAAUCUUAAUAUUAGUGAAUGUGUUUCAUUGGAUUGUAAUAGUGAAAAUGUUGAUGUUAUUGAUUCACGACAAUGGAAGAAAUAUACUCUCGAUAAUAAUGAGAAUGAUGAACACUCAGAUAUUUCUAUAGUCUCUCCUCUGCCUGAUCAUAUAUGUUCAGAUAUAUUUGAUAUUCAUUAUCAAAGUGAUGGUUUUAUUGAUAAAAAUGAAGAUGUUCAACUCAAUAAUAAUUUCAGUGAAAUCUCUAGAGAAAUGAACUUUCAUAGUGAAAUUAAAGAAGAAAGAGAAGAAGAGAAUAUGAACAAAAGUUAUACUUUAUCACAAGAUAAUACUAAAAGUGACAAUCAUAGAACUGAAGAACAUUUAGAAACACCUAAACGUGUAUACACAGAAGGCAACAGUAAUAUAGUAGAAGUAGAUGAUCAAGAGGUUAUCUCCGAGACUGCAGCUUCUUCAGUUUGGCUACCAGAUGAUGAUGACGUUGUUGAUGAUAUACCUGGUGUAUUACAUCAAGGUAAUGAUGAAGAUCAUUCUUGUACUACACGGUCAACGUUAACAUUAUCACCUCCACCACUUGACACUCAAUCUAUUAGGCAAGCUGAAGUUUCAUUAACAAGUAGUCAUGUUCUCCAAAGUAUUCAGUUAAAUAAAACAAUCAUAUUGUCGGGAGAUGAAUUUAUCAAUGAUAAAGUUAUUCCAAAGCUAACAUUUGAAUCCAAUAAAGAGAACAAAGAUCAAGAAGAUUACACAGAGGUAGAACAAGAAAAAACAGCUGAUGAAACAUUGGGAAGCUUAAAAACAAAUAAAGAUGAAGAUAUAUCAGAAACUAGUAGAUGGGAUGAGAAUCCUACUAGAACAGACAAAGAAAUAUCAACUGAUAUACAACAGUUAUUGCUAAUUCCCAAUUUCUUCUCCGCUACACCUCGAAUAGAAGAACUAUUUACAAAUAGAUCAAAUGACCUUCAAGUAGAUAAGUACUCAACAGAUUUGAAUCAUGCUGACAAUGUAAACAAAAAUGUAGAUCCAUUAAGAAGUCGAUUGAAUGCUCGUCUAUCAGAAGCUGUUCAUACAAUUAAUACAACAGCAUCAUUUAAAGAUAAACAACAAACAACAAAUAGUACCAAUAUGCUAAUCACUGAUACAAUAUCUGCUUUAAUCACAAAUGGAUAUAAGACACGAAGCUUAAAGAAAGCUGAACGCAUUUUUAAUAUGACACUGAAAUGA